AUGGCUCUUUCUGCAUCUGCAAUUGGUUUUGAAGGAUUCGAAAAGAGGCUCGAAAUCUCCUUUUUAAAGCCCAACAUCAGUGCCGACCCUGAAGGAAAGGGAUUGCGUUCCCUUUCCAAAUCACAAUUGGACGAAAUUCUGGGCCCUGCCGAGUGUACCAUAGUAGCCUCACUAUCUAACGAACACUUGGAUUCAUAUGUCCUUUCCGAGUCAAGCCUCUUUGUCUAUCCUUAUAAGAUCAUCAUCAAAACUUGCGGGACAACAAAAUUGCUUCUUUCCAUCUCGCCCAUUCUGAAAUUGGCUGAGUUGCUUUCUCUUUCGGUUCAAACCGUGAAAUACACACGUGGGAGCUUCAUCUUCCCCGGAGCCCAGUCAUACCCCCACCGUAACUUUUCUGAAGAAGUUUCUGUCCUUGAUGAAUAUUUUGGAAAUCUCGGCACCAGCAAGGCCUACGUCAUGGGAAAUUCUGAUGAAUACCAUAAAUGGCACGUGUACUCGGCCUGUGCCUCCUCUGUCGAAGCUUCUUCUGACCCUGUUUACACUCUCGAGAUGUGCAUGACUGGUUUGGACAGGGACAAAGCUUCUGUCUUUUACAAACAAGAAUCGAGCUCGGCUCUUCUCAUGACUAAAAGCUCUGGCAUACGAAACAUCUUGCCAGAAUCUGAAAUCUGCGACUUUGAGUUUGAGCCGUGUGGAUAUUCCAUGAAUUCGAUUGAGGAAAGGGCAAUUUCAACCAUUCACGUCACGCCGGAGGAUGGCUUCAGCUAUGCGAGCUUUGAGGCGGCCGGGUAUAACCUGAAGCGUGUGGGUAUUGACCAGCUGGUCGAGAGGGUAUUGGCUUGCUUUAACCCGAGUGAGUUUUCUGUGUCUGUGCAUGCCGAGUUUGGAGGCAAGUUGGUUGAAGAUCUUUGUGGGCUGCUGGAUGUUAAUGGUUACGUUUCUGAUGAGACGAGUCUCAAGGAGCUGGGGUCGGGUGGGUCGAUUGUCUACCAUAAGUUUCUGUGUACUAAAGCAUUUUGUGGAUCACCCAGGUCCACUCUCAAGUGUUAUGGGGGUGAGGAUACUGAAGAAGAAGAAGAAAAGGAGUAG